AUGAAGAUAGAAAAUCGCACGUUUCUCAUCUCCGGAGGUGCCUCUGGCUUAGGCAAGGCAUGUGCUCUGGAAAUCGUCAACCACGGCGGCAACGUUGCCAUUUUGGACAUGAACCAGGAUGCCCAUGACUUGGUCAAGGAAAUCGGCUCAUCGGCCAGGUUUUUCGACUGCGAUGUGUUGAAGACGGAUAGCAUCGCCAAGGCUGUGCAAGCAACUGCAGACUGGGCCAAGCAGGUCAACAAGCCCAUCGGCGGCGUGAUCCCGGCUGCUGGUGUUUCUACUCCCGCCACAAUUCUGGACCGCGAGGGAUCAGCGUUUAGCAUGGACGACGUUGACUUUGUGCUCGGGGUCAAUCUCCGUGGUGUUCUGGACUUGGUCCGCCAGGGAGUCGCGGAGAUGGCCAAGGCACCCGAAGGCCCCGACGGAGAGCGUGGCAUCGUCGUCAUGGUUGCUAGCUCUGCUGCCUUUGACGGCCAAAAAGGUCAAGUCUCUUACUCGGCAAGUAAAGGUGCCGUGGCUGCCAUGACUCUGCCUAUGGCUCGAGACCUUGCGCGGUUCGGUAUUCGCGUGGUGACAAUCGCGCCGUCUUUAUUCGAAACGCGCAUGACGAGCAUGAUGAGCGACAAAGUCAGGAAAUCCCUGGAAGCAACGUACGAGUUUCCCAAGAGAUCGGGUCAACCGGCGGAGUUUGCUGGGCUGGUCAAGCACUGCAUCGAGAACGUCAUGCUUAACGGCACCGUGAUCAGGUUGGAUGGCGGCUCAAGGCCAAGCAAGAUCUAG